GAGCCCUGGCCGUUAGUCCGACCGGCAAUCUCGCCACGCCGUGUCGCCUCGUUAAGGAUCGGUUGCUCGUGACACGCGACGUAUCGAGAGAUUUCGAGAGACUUCGGGGUUGCGAGAAUUCCAAAAGCGACCGCGCGUGAACGAGGGACGAAGAGAAUCGCGAUGAAUUCGUCCCUCGCACGACGAGGCUUUUGGCAUCUCGUACACGGUAUAUUACAGGUACUUUUGUAAUGCCCCCGUUUCUAAGGACAUCGCGUUUGCAAGAGACAGAGAGACAAGGAGGGAAGGAGACGGUUCUUGAGGACAAUGAGAGUGGUGCGAUGAUGCGCGAGCUUCUCGGUGGAAUGUGUUCUAUCAUUGAUCGAGAAUAUGGAUCGACCGACGUGGCGAAGGUCGCUCUCGACUUAUCAAGCCUCUUUAGCGGAAUAUUCGUUUUAUAAAACGUAUCCGAAUCGAUGGUACACAGGGUGAUUUAAUUUCCGAAAUCUCGACAUAUUUUUGCCAUUGGACAAUAGCAUCGUCCUGGAAAAAUCCAAAGAAUUUUGAUCCUCAUCGUUGUGUCGUUUUGUUAAUCGUCGAUAUCUUUAAGGAGGGAGCAUUUGAUGACGUCGCGAGCAUCGAACCUCCAAGAUAUCGACGACUGGAAUAUUUAACAUAACAGUGACACGAGAAUAGAUUGAUCUUUGAUUGUGAAAUCACCUGGGGGCUGUCGUGCCGCCUCAGUGAUGCUCAUGAUUCCCUAUCAGUGACCAUCGACGACGGAAUCUUUAUCAUCGUGAAAAUAAAUUCCGGUGCUGAAAAACUCGAUCGAUGAUGCUAGUCACUCGAGAGGUGAGAGCCGUGCCGUGAGGGCGGUAGUGAGGAGAGAAGAGGAGAAAGGGAGAGUGGGUGUGAGUGGAAAGACACAGAAAGAGAGAACGAGAACGAUGAUGGGAUAAAAGUUUGUCUACCUCGUCGUAAUACCGUCAAGUUUGCCGAGGUCGUUCUCGCUGUAUGUAUGACUUUUCGUUCGCACAUAGCUGGUCAACGCAUUCGAUAUUUCAACGAGCCGAAUAAAACUAUAAUAAGUUUGCUACAGCGAAAACUGAAUUCCAACAGUCUAUAAGCGAUGUAAUUUUGAAAUAAUCUCGCAAUAUACGAAAACAGUGACUAAUUUUGCAUUCGAAUCAACAUCGAUCAGCAGCGAAUGUCAAAAUUGACAGUGGCCGCACAUUUCUACGAAAUUUAUAUCGUAACAUUGCGUAUGGACGCAUUCUGAAAUUGCUUUGAAAUAAACUAACUUUUCUCGUGCUUCACGUCAAAUGAAAGAUUGUAUCUUCUUUCCGACUUUAAUAAAUACAUCUCUUAAUUUUUGAUAUCAUCAUCUUUUCACUGUAAUCUGACGAUUAAAAUCCAUUCGAAUAAUUUUAAGAGACCUUUGAAAACUCCAACAUCUCGUGUAACAUUAGCAGCAAAGAUACUUAGGAUGGGCUGCAAAUCGGCAGCUAAGUUUAAUCUGGAUAAAGAGACGAUCGCGUCGUCGUCGUCGUCAUCAUUAUUUUUUCUAAAGUGCAAGAAGGCGAUUGAAGAACAAGGAGAAGAACGUGGCGGCAACCGCGAGUCCGAUCUGGACGACGGGGAGGAAGGGGAAGAGGGUAACAACGUGAUUGAUCAAGUAAUUUCAUUUGAAAGGUCGUUUCCGUUAAGAGAUAAUAACGGAAUGUCCAUCAACGUGGACAACAGCGUGGCCAGGUAGCUAUCAGGCUAGAGAAUGCAGAGAUUGCGCUCAACUUUCAAGAGGUCGCGCACUCCCACGGGAGCGGAAAUGAAGUCUCAAUCUAGCCUCGAGGUGCCCAAGCAAAUCAGGUCGGCCUCCUUCGACGAGAUACAAUUACAAGCGAAAGGACGGGACGAUCGUACAAACUCCUCGUCGUCCUCCACGUGUUCCUCCGCGAGAUCGCAGGACUCGACUCGCGUUAGGAGAGGCUCGUCUACUCUCAAAGUGCCGCAGCUGCAGACCGGCCAACGAUCCAAGAGCUUCGACGCGUAUUCCGGAAGUUCCGGAUCGUUCGCCGGCCACCAGUUACUGCUCGGUGGAAUCGAGCGACCGGAAACGCCGAUCAUCCAAGUCUCCGGAUGUUACCAUUGUGCCUGCGUCGAGGAGUACAGGAACCUCUGGCUGGCCGAGGACUUUUCUAAGGACGAGGCUGAAGCCGAGGGGCUCCAAGAGGCCGACAGCGGUAAUUCAGAUCUCUCCGAGAACGAGUCGGAUCAUGAGGACGAGUCUAACAGUAAAAGAGAAGGUAGCCCGGAAAUCAGAGUUAUCCUCACGCCCGACGACGUGCCGAGCGAGCCGCGAUGUGUCUCGCCCAUAGUCGAGAUCGUGCCCGAAUUAGAUUCCGAAAUCAAAGUGCUGGAAUUUUCGGAGCACAGGCAACGCAGACGAUCGCUCGCCUCGCCGAAGCUAUCCAGGCAGGAGGCUCUCACCACCUUUCCCCUCGAACCACCCGCCGUGCCGUUGGAGACAACGAUUAGACCGACUGUCGCGGCGGACGACGACGACGACGACGACGACGACGACGAGAACGACGUCGAGCCGAGCAAGUCCAAGCUCGUUGUGCGCGAUAUAUUUCUGACCGUGCCGGAGCUGAAACGAGAUCGCGCAGCCUCCGUAGACUCGUGUUUUAAUAACAAUAAAAAUGGAGGCGUCAGCGAUGCGGAUUUAUUGGCGGUGCCGCAGCAGAGUAUCAGGUCAAAGAGCGUCGACAUCGUUCUGCCGACGGACGUUCGCACGAGGUAUACGGCGUUGCUGCCCGGAAAGGAAUCGCGACUUCCGAUAGGGUGGGUACGUCUGAUUAAAUGGACGCAGUAUCCUUUUUUAAAUAUCACGCGAUGCGAUCAAAUAUCGAGUUUAUAUCUACUAAAAUGCUUAGAUGUGAAAAAACACGGACCCAGAUUGAAAUGCCCCGCUUGCCGUGUAGUAACACAUGCCUGCUGCGUCGCAAGUUUAGAGUUCGCGUGCAAGCCAAGCUUUCGCGAUGUGGGCGUGCGUCAGUAUCGCGAACAAACUACAACCCACCAUCACUGGGUUCAUCGACGAUAUCAGAAGGGUAAAUGCGCCAAUUGCGGCAAAUCUUUCCAAUCGAAGCUCAGCUUCAGCUCGAGAGAGAUCGUGGCGGUGAGUUGCAGCUGGUGCAAGAUCGCUUAUCACAACAAGGAAGCGUGUUUCAACGUUCACAAGAUAGGUGAGAAUUGCGAAUUGGGCACUCACGAGUCGAUCAUUGUGCCGCCGUCAUGGAUCGUCAAACUUCCGCGAAAGGGAAGCUUUAAGAGCAGUCUGAGAAGAUCGCCCAGGAAGAAAAAAUCUGGCGGCGGCAGCGGAUCUUCCGGACGCCGGAAAAGCAAGGAUAAGGAGAAGGAGGAGAGAGAAAAAGAGAAAGAUCAAGGAGAGCUGUGGAUCGUUAAACCCAUUCCCACGGCUACGGUAAAGCCCGUUCUAGUCUUCAUUAAUCCGAAAUCCGGCGGUAAUCAGGGCGCGAAGUUGCUGCAAAAGUUUCAAUGGUUGCUCAAUCCGAGACAGGUUUUCGAUUUGACACAGGGUGGCCCGAAAAUGGGACUGGAACUUUUCAAGAAAGUUCCAAAUUUGCGUAUUUUGGCUUGCGGAGGUGAUGGUACGGUCGGUUGGGUUCUAUCAAUCCUGGAUCAGAUUGGUGCGUAUCCAGCUCCGGCGGUCGGAGUACUUCCUCUAGGCACAGGGAAUGAUCUGGCGAGAGCACUAGGAUGGGGAGGCGGUUACAAAGACGAACCGAUCGGAAAGAUCUUGACGAGUAUAGGUGACAGCGAGACCACUCUACUUGACAGAUGGCAAUUGAAGGUUGAGAAAAACGACGCCAAGAGCGACGACGAUGGAGGCAAGGGCAAGGAGAAUUUGCCGCUUAACGUUGUUAACAAUUAUUUCUCUCUCGGCGUGGAUGCUCACAUUGCUCUCGAGUUUCACGAAGCCCGAGAGGCUCAUCCGGAGAAGUUUAACUCCAGAAUGAGAAACAAAUUGUUCUACGGACAGAUGGGCUGCAAGGAUUUAUUGCUCACAAAAUGGAAGGAUCUCUCAGAUUUUGUGACAUUGGAAUGCGACGGUCAGGACAUGACGCCGAAAUUGAAGGAACAUCGAGUUCACGCUAUAUUAUUUUUGAACAUCGCCUCUUACGGCGGUGGAACACAUCCGUGGAGCGCGAGUAGCGGCACCAGGGAACCCGCCAUGGACGACGGUUUGAUCGAGGUUGUCGGUUUGACCACGUACCAACUGCCUCUUUUGCAAGCACGCGGACAUGGUACUUGUAUAGUACAAUGCAGCACAGCUAAACUGGUUACAACGAAAACUAUACCGAUGCAGGUCGACGGCGAAGCUUGUCGCCUUCUACCGUCUAUCAUAACUUUAAGUAUGUUAAACAAAGCUACAAUGUUAACGAAAAGAAGAAACGCGGGCAAACCUAAUCAGAAUAUCGCGAAAUUGGAGAGGCUAAAGCUGCCUGUGAUGAAGAUAAAAAUGUCGGAUUACGAAACGUAUUAUCACGACAAGGAGAGAUUAAAAGAAGCGGCAGAGUUGUGGUUAGCGGAACCGCUUGAUCUCGAUGCUACAACCGAUCUGGAGACUCUGAGAAAGCUCUUGGCGAAAGAUUAUAAUGUAGAUUCUUGCUGUUUUCUCGAUUCAUGCACCACGGAAAGAUUCUUCAGAAUUGAUCGCGGCCAGGAACAAUUACAUUAUGUAACGGAUGUCGCUGUGGAAGCUGUCUAUGUUCUCGACGAAGAUACCGUUCAACAGCACGAGGGUCAAAUUGGAUCGAGCCAAAUUAUCGCUAAUCAAGAAAUGGAAACGGCGCGAGUCAAUUUUCCAAGCGAUGAACAUCUAAAGGAGAAGCCAGCCGUGACAGAGGAGCGAAGGACUUCGAAUGUAUCUAAAGACGCCGAGAAACAAAGACGAUCUUCCAUCGUUCAGAAAACCAGACUUUCCGGGAGUAUCUCUUUCGAUAAAGAAUCCGAUGAUCAAAAUGUCGCGGUCAAAUCAAAGAAUCCAGCGAAUCGAAACUCAUUGGAUGUGCCAUCGCCGAGCGAGGACGUAAACAUCGAGUCAAAUUCUCUUAUAAAUCGCGAAUCUCUCAAGCAGAAUUCUCGUGUCGUAAUUGCCCAUACAGAUCAAUCGCAUCAACAUCAAGACCGACCCCUCGCUUUUAUCAGCCCCCGCGAUAGACUAUUCAGUCUAAGCUCGGGAGUUCACGGAUUCAACACUGAAUUGCUUGAGAAAAAUUGCGAUGACAUAUUAAGAGCGGCGAAAAUUGGCGAUCUUUCGACAUUAAAGCAACUUCACCAAAAAGGAUACUCGCUUUUAUCGAUCGACGAAACUGGCCAAACGGCGCUUCACUUGGCGUCAAAGAAUGGUCACAAAGAUAUUGUCAGAUAUCUCAUUGCCUGUGCCCCACCGACAAUUUUAAACAUGAUUGAUAAUGACAAAGGGCAAACCGCUUUACAUAAAGCAGCUCAGAACAAACGUCGUUCUAUUUGCUGUAUGCUCGUAGCCGGCGGAGCAUCUUUGAUGGUGAAAGAUCGACACGGCAAUACGCCGCAUCAACUCGCUCUGAUCGCGGAAGAUCAUGAUUUAGCAGCGUAUUUACAAAGUCAAAAACACUUUCAAUUGGCGACAGACGAGAUGGAGAGCGAUCUCUGACCUCCAGCAUUGAUCGCCACGGCUUGAACGACCCUGAACAACUGCUACAAAAGAGGUACAACAACGGUCGAUCUAAUUGUCGAUAAUUUGAUGACGUCUAUGCGGCAUUUUUUUUCGACGACGUAAAUCGCUCGUGAUACUCUCAUUCGACGUAUAUACGACGUCGACGAUUACGUGUUUUUGCCAAAUAUCGUAUUUUUCUUGUCGAUACUUCGAAAUUACUCUUACUAGGACACAAUUAUCACAUAAUUAUAUACACAUAUAUACGUAACUAUAUAGCUGUUCUCUCAAUCGAUAAUAGAUUCUUAUUUUUCUCACUCGUAUACUUGCCCGAGAGACUUGUAACUUUACUCGCGUUCUUUUACUCGGCAAGUGGACCAUAAUCGGCCAGGGAGCAGCCCGAGAUUACUCCUAAGACGAGCAAAUCUAUUUUUCUCGUACGACAUUUAAUGUCUCCCCCGGUCCAAAAUGAGACAGUCAAUUUUGCGCGUAUGUGUAUAUAUAUACACACGUAUACAUUCACGAAAAAUUUUCUGACGUUACAGAAAAUAUCUCCCGUAUACGAAAAAAAUUAAAAUAAAAUAAAAAAAAAAAAUAACAAA